CAGAGCACCAUAUUAGCCCCGGCCGCAGGGUGCUUUUUAGCUGGUUGGCUCCGGUCUCUCUCAGGCUGUCUGGCCCCGAACGGACGCUGCCCCGGUGGGGAGUGGGUAGGGGAUCCUUAGCUGCAGAGCACCGUGCGCGCCGAGCUCCGCCUGCAUCUGAUGGGUGCCCAGCGGCCCGGGCGGGUCCCGGCGGGCAGCCAUGCUGUGUCCUGUCGCGUUUCGGCCUGGAUCCCUGAAGAGGCUGUAGCGGCCGCGGGCCUGAGGGCAUAAUGUUUUUAACAACAGUCUUAUUCCGAAAGAGAAUUCCUGGAAAGCAAUGGAUUGGGAAGUACAGGCGACCAAGAGUGGUUACCCUUGCAAUGAAGCAAGCAAUGAUCCGAAGGUUGGAAAUUGAAGCAGAGAAUGAAUACUGGCUGAGCCGACCUUACCUGACGCGAGAACAGGAGUACAAACAUAACACAGAAGAGAGACGUGCAAGAUGGGAGGCUUUCAAAAGCCGGAUGAGAGCCAAGUUGCCUGAGCACAGAUAUAUCAGCGAUGACUUAAACCACUUAAAUGUGACGAGAAAGUGGACAACUUGAAUAAUACAGCGUAUUUGUAUUUGGCAUGUAUUACGUGCUACCGUGGCAUCUGAUGCUGUACCUAUUAUGGUAGUUUUGUAAUUCAGUGUAAUACAGGUGGAUGGCAAAUGAGCCUCUGCUGUGGUGUACAAAAUCUCACAUUAAAAUGAGGCAUGUGGAAUAG